CGCCGCCUCCCCCACGGCAGGAGAGCGGCAGGACGCGGCCUGCGCGGCGGCGCCGCCUCCGGGCCCGGCGUGGGGGCGGCGCGGGUUGCCCGGGCAGCGGCUCCCGGCGGGCCGCGGCGGCGGGGCGCUGCCCGAAUUAGAACAAAAUGUUGUCAUCAUCGCCAUCAUCAUCCUCCUUACCUGCACGUAACUGCACUGUUCCUUUAUUGAACUCUGAUUUUCAGAAAAGGCAUUUCCUUCCAGAUGGUACUGAGGGAAAAAUGUGUGUGCCGGGUGUUACAUCUGGAGAAGCAGCAAAACUCUGUUCACUGAUUCAGCCAUUUAAAAAAGAUGAUCAGAUCACUACAAAAGCUGGCCAAGAUGGAAAAUAUUUCACCGAUCUAAGCAAAGAAUCUGACAGUCUAGAACACCAAUUUGCAGUGCAUGCUGAGGAGGAAGCCUGGAAGCAGAAUUGGGGUCCGUGUACUGAAUGUGUGGAUAAACAUGAGCUCAAGCUUACAGAACCGUCACCACUGCUUAAAAAAAGAUUACAAAAACCCCACGUACAACACAAUUUGAAUGAAAGUGAGGUGAGAAGGCAGAUGGAAGAAAACACUGCUUUGCAGAAGAAGCUUUUGGAAGCAGAAAUGGCAGUUAAUUUAGCAGAAGAGUUUUUGCCAAAUUUUAAAGACCUCGUUGAUAGAAAGACAAAUGUAUGUAAACUUUCGACAUCAGAGAUGACAAUUAUUGCUAUACAAGAGGAUUUGCUGAUAAAAGAAUUAGAAACACUCAAAAGCACAAAAAGAUUGUUGUGGCUUUUACUGCAAACAACAGAACAUAAACAUUUAAGCAGUAAAAACAUUGACACUUUGGUGCAGAAGUUAAGUGAAAAUGAAACCCAAAAUACUAAUCUCAGGAGAGAAAUGCUUGAAAGAGAAAACCAUGUUAAAGAACUUUCAUCCAGGCUUCAGCUUGAAAAAGUCAAUGUACUGAAAGUGGACCACUUGACAAGAUCAGUAAAAGCAGUACAAACUCACCUGCAAUGUCAGAUUCAGAAAAAAGAAGUGGAGAAUGAUGAAUUAAAAGUGAAAAUACAGGCCCUAGAAAAGAAAAUAGCAGAGUGGAAACUUCAAGCUGGUGAAUGCAAGCACCAGAUUUUAGCCUUAAGGCAAAAAAGUGAGCAAAAGAAGACUGCUUUGAAAAAAGCAACCAGGUCCCAGAAACAAAGAGCUGAACACUUUGAAGCAGUUGUGGAAAAUAUAACCUCCAGAAUAAGAGAACGUGAAGUCAAACUGUCUGAGAUACUGUCCACUUCCAAUGUCUGGAAAAAACAGCAUGAAAGGAUGGUAGAAGAAAAGACAAUGUUAGAAAUUCAAACAGAAGAUCUUAAGAAGCAGAUUACAAGCCUUUUGGAAGAUCUGAAGAAAAAGGAGGAGUGCAGAAGAAACUCAAAUGAGGAAAUUCUUGUUAAGCUAAAUUCUGUUAACUCUGAAAAUGAAAACAUUAACCUGGAAAAUGAAAAAUUAAAGGCUUCCCUUGCUGUGUUGAAAACCAGUACUGUUUCUGUUGAAACUGAACUGCUAGACCUGCAAGAAAAAGCAAAGCUGCAGGAAAACCUUGUUGAACAGUAUAAAAAUCAGGUGCAAAAAUUACAAACAGAAGCAGAAGAACUGAAAUCUAGAUAUGGAACAGUGUUAAAUGAAAACAAAACAAUAACAGAAACCAAAUGCUUAGAAGUAGAUAAGGAGGAAGACAAUAUAGCUUUUUUGGGCAGUCAUUCCUUGGAAGAAGAAAACUGUAACAUUCAGAAGAAAUAUGAAGAUCUUGAAAGGCAGUUAAAAAAGAUGGAAUGUCAAAAUGAAGAACUUGCUAAUCAGCUUGCAAAACAAGAUGAGAGUCUUCAGUGCAGUAAAUUGCAGCUUAAAGAGAAAAUUGCAGUGUGUGAUGGUUUAGCCAGACAACUGGAAGCUGCUUUGGAGGAAGGGAGAAAAAUGGUAUCUGAAGAAAUGGAAAAAAUAUCAUACAAGCAACAAGUCCUACAGACAAAAAUGCUAGUUCUUGAAACUGAAUUAAGAGAGAAAGAAGAGGAGAAAAAACAACUUCUCUGUAUGUUUCAUCAUAAUGAAAAGCACCAGGAAGUGUGCUUGAAAGAGCUGGAGAACAGCCUGCAGAAGUCAGAAAACAAGACCCAGAGCAUGCAGAAUUAUGUGGAGUUUUUGAAAGCCUCAUAUGUAACAAUGUUUGGCUGAAUUCUUUCAUUUCAUUUAUUUUAGUAAUAAAGAAACCUUACAACA